AUGGAACCCGCCAGCCCUUCUUCCUACUCUCACGAAUACUUCAUCGGCCAGCCCGACUUCGCCAACUACGAGUCCCCUGUUCCAUACGACGCCGUCCCUGCUGUAGAAGCCGAGCUUCCACGCUUUGGUCUCGGUUCCCUCAACUCGCUCCAGCUCACUGGAUCGGGUAUGCCCUCAUACUACCCACCCUCAUACGUUCAGUCCAUUCGGUCACCUCGCCCCGUCUCCCCAAUGCAAUCCAUCUCGCCACCACUCACUUCCAUGUCUGCUUCCGACCUCUCCGAAACUCAAGGUCUUGCCUAUGGUGCUCGCAGCACGGGGACUAGCUCCCCUGCCUCUUCGAGCCAUGGCCGUAGUGAGCGUCGACCCGUCCGCAACAGCGCUGUGGUCGCUGCUGCCGGAGGUGGCCGUCGCACCACUAGGAGAAAGUCGACGAACGACGAUGAGUUUGCGAGUGAUGAAGACGAUGCUCCGAUGCCCGUUGAAGUCUCCAACCGGAGUGCUGUCAGCAAGCGUCGUGAGGAAGUUCGUCGUCAGCGCAUUGAAUCCGAACAGAGACGGAGGGAUGAGCUCAGGGAUGGGUACCGCAGACUUAAGGACGUGCUACCGGUCUCGAAUCAGAAGUCGAGCAAAGUUAGCCUGUUGGAUAGAGCGACAACCCACAUUCGGACAUUGGAGAUGGCCCACUCACACAUGAUCAUGAAAAUUAACGAGCUCGAAACGGAGAUUGCUCGUUUGCGAAACGUUAAUGAAACUCUCAUGCUAAGCGCCGCGGAACGCCGUUCUUCUGGUGCUGUCUUCUGA